AUGGCUGCAGUGACACAGAAUCUGUCAUUUGGAAUCACCGCCUCGAAUUCAUUUGAGCAGCCCUUUUUGGUGGCCAAGCGUUUCUCAGCCUUGAAUCAUUUGACCAAUGGCCGAAUGAGUUGGAACAUUGUGACUUCAUAUAAGAAAGCGGCUUUCAAAACCACCGAUAUGGAUAUUCCAAUUGAGCUUGACGAACGGGCCAAGUACGAGGAGCUCAAGAAGUACGCCUCGGUGGUUGAAGGACUGGUUCUUUUCAGCGGAUGGACUGGAAUCGACAUUUCCAAAAUCGCUCUGGAUCAAGAAACCACAAUUUUAGGCUCUUUGGAGGCAAACAAAGUCACUGGCUGGCUUGACUCAUUACUCACGACUAGCAAGGAAAUCCCGCGUUGGACUCCUCGCGUGAUUGCCGAGAGGGCUGCAAUUGGUGGUCUCGACCCGGUGGCUAUUGGAAGCCCUGCUACAGUUGCCGAAGAGACAGAGCGUUGGAUCCAAGAGGCUGACCUCGAUGGGUGCAAUCUUGCCUAUGUCGCCACGCCUGGCACUUUUAAGGAGGUGGUUGACCUACUCAUCCCCGAGCUAAAGCGACGCAGGGUUUAG